UUCUGUCCAAUAGUUGACUUUGGAGGUAAAAAUACGGAAAAACAGAGAAACCUCGCAUCGUUGUCACAGUUUUGUAUUUUCUAAGUUUUGAGAGAAAUCUGAUGGAUCCUGUCUGAUGAAAGCGUCUGUUAGUUCAGGUAGGUUGAAGGUGUUUGUUGAGGAGUAAUGCGACUCGCGUGGUUAAUAACACUUCAUUCUGAGUUUGCUCGGGAUCGUCACGGUCAUGUUGCUGUAAAGUGAACGAGACACUUGGUUCACCGAUGGAGCUCACACCUAAAGCAGCUAAAGGGAAAUCAGUGUAUUUGUCACCGUGUGAUUCAGUGGAGGCGAGUCCCUGUGAAGACAAACAGGAGAAGCCCCAUCAAAGGCUGAGUUCCUCUCUGAGGGAGAGGCUGAAGAGAUCAAGGCGCUCCUUCAACUCACCCUUCUCCGUUGCAAAACGACUUUGUGUUGAUGAUUUGGAGGAGGGCGGCCAACACGUUUCAGCAGAUUCCAGGGAGGCUGUUAAUAAUCCUCCACUCAUCACUGUGCGCAAUGUUGAUGUAAACAGAAAUUACUCGAGAUCAGGGAGUGAAAGGUUUUCUGGACCCAUUCCCGAACCAAGCCAUCUUCCUUCUAAAGACUUAGCGCAGCAACGAGACCAACUGAGGAAGGAGGUCAAAGACAAGACGGAGACCCUGCGCAGACUCAAGAUGGUUCAAUUGUACCGAAGCAAGAAUGAUUUAACGCAGCUUCAAACCUUGAUCGACAAGUGGCGAAGUUGUGCUCAGGCUGCUCUCUGUAAGCUCCAGUCAGACGUCCUGAUCGAUGGACAGAAGGGCAGCCUGUCUCAGCUUAUUGACCUCUUUGGUCUGGAGGACGGCAUUCUGCACUUUGACCGCACAGAGGAGGACUUCACCUCCUAAUGAUAUGUUCUGAAGCACACGCACAAGAAAAUAUUUCUAUCAUCAGAUUACAAAAACACUGCAGCUGAAGAAACACAUUUCAAAAAUGCUUUAUUAAUUUAUUUUCUUUGUUGCUGCUACAGCUUUUUCACAACUUGAGAUGUAGAUUUCAUGUUCAGUUUACUUGUGAAGAGAAGUGUGAAUAAAACCCUGU